AUGAACGACACUCCGUCCCUCUCCCACGCGCUGCUCGCGCCGCGAGGUCACCAGCAGCCCCGAACCACUUCCGAUUCGCCCACCGGCCAGCGAUUCAGCGAUGACUUCCUCGCUAAUCUCACCCCGCGGACCGCCGUCGACGCCCUCCGAAACCCCUCGGGCGCCCUCAAAGCCUGCAUUGACACCGCCACCCCUUCCGAGCAGGCGUUUGCCAUGAGGACUGCCGUGGCCGCCAAGAGCAUCCAAGAGUGGGUAGACGACCUCUCGGCCUGGCCAUGGCCCGCUGGCCGCGGCUCAGCCGGCUUCGAGAUGCCCGUCCCGAAGAGGAGGAGGCUUUUCCAGUCCACUGCCGCCGGCUCAAGCUCGGCCGCCGAAGACGAGCAGUGGUUGGCUAUGAACAAGGGGCUAUAUCUCGGCAGCCUCCCGACCUCGGACGUGGCCUUGUUCGAGAGGAGGAUCGACGAGAUAAGCCAGAGCAUGGAGGAACUAGAUGUCGAGGAGAUCAAGAACCAGGUUCUGCACAAUCACAUCAUGCCGCUCUCGCGCCCCGGCUCCCCUAUGGUGGACCCGGACCGCUCCGUGGCAUCGUCGUCGUCACUCUCUUACUACGCAAGGAUGGACGACCUAACCGCCAUGAUCACGGCAACCGUCAUGCAGACGCUGCCCAACCUGUCCAGACUGACCAGACUACUGAAUGUCUGGAAUCUCCGCCUCGCCGUGCUCCGCAUGAUCCCCGCUCUCUUGACGUCCCUGGACGACGCUGAAGUGGCCAUCCAGUCUGGGUGGAACGCAAUUGUCUUGGGCUCGAAAUCGUCCGAGGGCGGCGACACGAACCCGAACGGCGCUCCCGCCGCGCAGCCGACGACCCUCUCGCGCAAUGACUUUGAGGUGAUGAAGUCUGUUUUGGAGCGCAAGGUUGCAAAGGCGGGUCGUGAUCUCGACGCCAUGCUAGACAUGCUUGAGGGCACUGAGGAUACGCUCCCCGAGGAAUGGAUCGACCGCAUGGAUGCGCUGGAGCGCGGAUACGGCGAGUGGGCUGUUUUCUGUGAGCGCAAGAUCAGGGAAGCCGACUGCGCCACUUCCGAGUCCGCUCCCAAAGUCGAUGCCAUCCAAACAAUUGCGCCAACAUCGGCUUCACCGGCCGGAACACCGGUCGAAUCGUCUCCUUCGGAACCUCUGACCCCUGAUGAAGACUUUUCGCAAUAUCCUGAUGGCCAAUCUGAGCUCCUGACGUCAGUUAAUACGUCCGCCGUGCUGAAGCCAGAUUCGCCACCAGUCAUCAAGGUUCAUUUCCCCCCUGAGGAGCCGUCCCCAAUUGAGCCAGCAGACGAAGAUGCGGCCGAUGAGCGGGGCGAGUACGGUGCUCAUGUAUUUCAAGGGUCGCAAGUUGACGGGGCUCACCUGAGCGGCAAGGAGACUCACUACGAUAGCGACGAUGGCUUUGAGGCCUCCGAGUUGGCACAGGCAGACCGUGGAUCCCCGAAGAGAGGUAAUAUGGGUAUUACGCUAGGCCAAUUCGAUUUCGAUUUCGACCUCGACGAUGCCUCUGAGGCGGAAGUGCUAGAGCCCGAGCUCCCUGUCCUCCCUCGCCCGAGGCGUGGCAGCGACAUGUCUAACACAUCAACUAUAGUACAUGGUCUCCAGAGCGGAUUCAUGGACUUCUCCAGCGACCAGCUGGACUAUGGCACUCCGGAGAUUGCCCGUCUCAGGAACGCGGAGCCUGAAGCUAUUCCUAGUGACGAUGGCAGUCCGCCGAGCUCUCCGCCAGCAUUCCGAUCCAGCACAAGGUCGCUGUCGGUGAGCUUCAACGACACUCCCGCAGUGAUAGACCUGCCGGACUAUACGGACUCACCAAAAACGCCACUCAAAUCCUUUCUCGGAAUGGACCGUGAUCGAGAGACUGGGAGUCCCAGCAAGAGCAGCCCGGCCAUUGCCAAUGCAGACGAUCAGCUCCAACAGCAGAUCAGCGAGAUCUUGGAGAACCUGCCUACCAAGAUUCGCCUAACAUCGGAGCCGACGCCCAUAAAUCUCAAUCCGCCAGACUUUACAAUGCCGACCCGAAAAGCGGCAAAGCACGACUAUAACGUACGCAGCCACUCCAGCCUAUCGACAACUUCCAACAUUUCUUCCAGGGCUGGAACGCCGUCUUUCACACUGGCCCCGGCAUUCGUCCGCAACUCUCGGCCGCGCCACGGUCACCAACGAGGCAAUUCGGAGAUCAAGCUGUAUCACCUUUCUAGGUCCAGCGGCGAACCCCCGAUAAAGCUGUUCAUAAGGUGCGUUGGUGAGCGCGGCGAGCGAGUCAUGGUACGAGUUGGUGGAGGCUGGGCCGAUUUGGGCGAGUAUCUAAAGGAAUACGCCAGCCACCACGGCCGUCGCUCUGGAGUGGAAGGGAAGGUGGAGAUCAAGGACCUUCCUCGGGUCCUGACCGGCCGCGCGACCUCUACACCACCAAGCCGACCGGCAUCGGCUCAAGACCUGCACAGCCCUGUCACGCCCCUCAACGUCCGCAAGAGUAGGAGACCUGCGGGCGAUGACGCUGCAGGAGGCGGCAGCACCCAGCCGAAGACACCGCUCACAUCGGUCAGCCAGGCAGACAGCCCGUCAUCGGGGGAAUCGCCGCGGUCCCGGUCGAGCUCGCGGCUUAGUUGGGCCGAGGAAGAGAGCUCGCUCGGCAUGGCGGGGCCGCGGGCCAAGCAGAUCGAGAUGAGCGAGGAGAGCAAGGCCUGGGUCGAGAGCGUCAAGGAGAAGGUCCGCAUCGCUAGUGGCGAGCGCAAGGCCCCCGAGCCGAGCUCCAUCGACAGCAAGUUUGGCGAGAUUGGCAAGGUCGGCGCCACCAAGCGUCUCUUUAGGCGCCAGGGUUGA